GGUUGAAAUCCGGUCGGACCGGCAGCAUACGCAGUAAAGGUGUCGUAUAACACUAGUACUCUGGGCCGUUUCAUCCAGUCAAUCUUCUCUUGUUUGAAUUCUUGCUGCAAGUUCUCUCAUAAGUUUCGCUAUCGACACGUGACCCCAGUGUUGGGUCGAUCACUUGACUCAUUGCGCUGGUUGACGAUCCUGGUGUUGCGCUGGGUGAUAUAUUCUCUUACGGUACUCCGUACUCCGUACACUACUACCAGUACUACGUCUUGGGCAGGAUGCAGCAGCGCAAGACCCAGGCUCCUCAAUCCUAGCAAACUUCAACUGGCGCCAUGGCAAACGAUUCGCUAUUAGUAGAUGAAGCGGGCCUGCUAGGUCAUCCAGUGGAUCACAAUUCCCUUAUCAUCGAUCCGUGCUCGCUUUAUGGCCUCGAUCAUACUGACCCACAGCCCACUGGACAUCUUACCACAUUCGCUUCUGAACCUCAUACAUUAGACGAACUAGGGAGCAAUCGUGUUUUGAAUCCCAACAACUCUGAUAGGGCUCUUCCAUAUAACAACGCCUUACCAGAAGGGCAGGUGAUUUCCUGGCCUACAGCAAGUCGUCAAGACGUGCCGUGGCUUCAAAAUAAUGAUUGGUGUACAGGCUCUACUUCAAAUGACUUACCAUCUCACUGGUUAAAUGAGGCUUUCUUUGCCCCGCAGGCGCCUCUACUUCUUCCAGAUGAAAUAAACGAUGGACAUCUUGAUAACAGAAAUAGUUGGCUUCAGCAAUCAGCACGGCAGUCUACCUAUCCACUCGGUUCAAAUGGCAGUCGUGGUCUUCCAAGAAGAAGAAGCCGGUAUUCUCUUCAAAGAACAGAAUCAAGGGCCACGCCCCAAUUCAUUCCAAACCCUUUGUACGCUCCUGAUCCUAUGCAGCGAUGGCAAGAAUCCCCUCCUGAAGAUGAGCCAGCAUCCAUGUCUGCAAUUAUGAACACGUUGAAGAACCUCCCGUCCGCAGGCAUACAACCAGGAGCCUCCGCGUUUGGAAACCCGGCUCCAGUUAGAGAAAAUGAUUCAUUUAUCGGCUUUCGUCGACCAGUAUCAACAGUCAGCUCACAGAGUAGUGCCCCGAGUGUCUCUUCACUUCCGUCUACUGCAUCGGUCAAAUCUAGUACCUCCAGAAGAUCGCACGACUCCUUGACAACAUCGCACAGGCGGUCCACUGGACGAGUUCUUAAAAGUAAAAGCGCUAAGCCAACUCGUAAAUUUUGUUGCACCUUUUGUUGUGAUCAGUUCCGAACCAAAUAUGACUGGGCCCGACAUGAGAAAACUCUUCAUCUUAACCUUGAGAGCUGGACGUGCACACCUCAUGGUGCAUCUGUGAUCUCUCCAAUCACAGGGCAGCAACAUUGCGCAUACUGCAAUAUGCUGGAACCGGGGACAGACCAUCUAGACGAGCACAAUUACCAGGCAUGCUUGAGUGGUACCCGUACCUUCCGUCGCAAAGAUCACCUAGUGCAACAUCUGCGCCUCACACACAACCUCGAUGUUAUACCUAUGAUUGAUGAUUGGAAAACACCAGCCCCGACGGUAACAUCGCGCUGUGGGUUCUGUGACAGGAGACUGUCGUCGUGGGAGGAGCGCGUUGAUCAUUUAGCCAGCCAUUUUCGCAAUGGAUCAACUAUGGAUUGCUGGAGAGGUGAACAUGGCUUUCUACCAGAGAUCACUAAGCAUGUGACCAAUAGCCUGCCUCCUUAUUAUAUCGGCCAUGAUUCUCGUUGCCUCGUUCCUUUUUCAGUAACCAACGCUCAUGCGAAAGAUCAGCUGGAUCAGAUCACAUCGCGACUGGAUCGGAAUACUACAAUCGAAAGCAACACUCUAAAUGCUCCGGCAUACCCUUCAUCUUCAGCUCGGACUUCUAAUAAUCCGCUAAAUUCAUUACUGGAAGUACUGGCAUCACACUUAGGUCGCUACACACGACAGAAAUUAGCGCAAGGAAUCAUCCCUACAGAUGAGAUGCUCCAGCAAGAGUCAAGGAGAUUAGUCUAUGAUUCCGAAGAUCCAUGGGACCAGACCAUCUUCGACAAUCCAGAGUGGCUUGCUGCGUUUCGCCGUGAACAUAUUAAGCAGCCAAGCAAUCCGGACAAGGAGCAAGCUUUAUCGCAAUUCGAUAGCCUCUCGAUCUCGCAAUCUCUACAAACACACUAUAUUUAGGUGUUAGACUAUGUACAAAGAGCUACAAGAUUCCAAAUCAUUGCCACAUAGAUAUAUGAGACCAGACGGUUUGAAAAACACUUCUUCCCGUCCGCUCAGCCGUGCUCAAGGCAGCUGUGUAAACUCGGUCAGAGAUGAAAGCACCCUCUAAAGCUCGCUGAUCUAUGGGUGAGCAAGGCUAAACUGCAAGAUGGGCGUAGGUGAGCUUAGUGAUACUAUAAUGUGAGCAAGCAGGGCAACCAGCGGAUGAUUUAGUAGGUGAGCCAUUUAGCUUGUCCCUUUUCUCUAGAAGGCAAAUGCAAGGGUACGUGUGGAUUAUCUUCGGCCAUUUCUUGCCGACUUCAAACCCCUCGACUCAUAGUGACUGAACAAGGAACUGUAUGCUGUCCCAUGGGGUCAUUUCGUUCUAGUUUCGUUCUAG